UAAUUUAGUUCUCUUUGCGCAUGACACAAACGUCAAAUGUCCAACUCGCUGCAAUCGAGGCAUCUGAUGCUUUUAUUACGGUUUUAUCGAUAAAAAUACAAUGAUUCGAUUGGCUUUUGUUUUCCUAGUUUGCGUUUUUGUGGCAUCAAGUUUUGUGGACACAUAUCCGAACAAUGAAGAAUUUAAUUAUUUUGCAGAUUACGAUAGUUACGAUGAGGAACAGUAUGAAAAUGUUGCGCGAUUAGCAAACCGUUUAUUCCGGUACAGGAAGGCAAACCGCAGAAAUAUUGAAGAUAUGAAUUGGACUGGACGCUGGAUGCCUGACAGGCCAGGUGAUCCAACACCACCGCCUAAGGUAUGGCCAAAGAACGAGGAAAAAUAUGAUGACAGAUAUGAAUCAGUGACAGAAUUCUCCCAUGGAAUGCAUCAUGGUUUCGUGCAGUCACAAUGCGACGAUGGCAAGAGCAAUUUAGACAUCGAUUGGGGGGAUCAUUCUCCAUCAGAAUAUACGUGUUACGGUCAUAAGAUCACGCCAAAUAAGACUAAGGCAUUGAUUUACUGUAAAUCUAUCCCAAAAGCAUACAAGGCCGCGCAUAAAUGCAUGAAAGAGAGAAUCGAUUAUAAUGACAAUGUUCCUCUCUACGGUCCACACAGACCGUUGUGGCCAGUUUACGGGGAAUACAAAUAUUUACCCAAACAGAGAUGGUUGCACAGCCUGGAGCAUGGAGCAAUUGUCAUGCUGUACCAUCCAUGCGCAAAUCCACUGGAGGUGAAACGUUUGCGGGAUCUUGUUAACAGAUGUCUUUGGCGACACGUUAUCACGCGAUAUAGUUACCUGGAUGAAGAACAACCGUUGGCACUUUUAUCUUGGGGCUGCAAGCUGACUAUGUCUUACGUAGAUAUCAAGGUGGUAAAACACUUUAUACAGCUGCACGCUCUUCGUGGUCCGGAACAGAUCGCCAAGGAUGGUCAAUUCGAAGACGGACUGCUGAGUCGAUCGAGGAUAGUGACAGAUAAAGAGGAUUCCGUACUUUGUCCUUACAUGUAAUAAGCGAAUGUACAUAAUACAAAUAUGCAAAUAUGCUUGUGAUACUCUCUGUACCCUUUAGAUUCGUAGAUGGAUUAACCAUUUGUAUUUUAGUUUUGUACAUUUACGAGAAGUGUCUCUUAUUAUCUUUUUUAUCAUGUAAAAGUUUAUUUAUUUAAAAUUAUGAAAUGUAAGUAAUUUUACUUCUUACGUAUUAUGUAAUUUAUAUCUUCCGAAAGACGUAGUGCAAUAAAUCAUAUAAAUAUACAAUAUAUUAAUA